AUGGGGAUGGUCGGAGACUCAAAGGAGCCAUCCAAAGGAGCACAGAAACUGGACUAGCUGUUGAAAUGCCUAGCCGGACCGUCCGUCAAGCCAGCCAUGAAUCCAUUGAGGACAGUAUGAACAGCUAUGGAUCAGAGGGAAACUUGAAUUUCAGUGGCGUCCAUCUGGCAUCUGCUGGGCAGUUUAGCGAUUUCCUGGGGAGCAUGGGCCCUGCACAAUUUGUUGGGCGUCAGACCUUGGCCACCACCUCGAUGGGGGAUGUGGAGAUUGGCUUACAAGAGCGAAAUGGGCAGCUAGAGGUGGAUAUCAUUCAGGCCCGAGGACUGACGCCAAAACCCGGCUCCAAAACACUGCCAGCUGCUUACAUCAAAGCUUACCUGCUAGAGAAUGGCGUGUGCAUUGCGAAAAAGAAGACAAAAGUGGCUCGCAAAUCAUUAGACCCUUUGUACAAUCAGGUGUUACUCUUUGCUGAGAGCCCCCAGGGCAAAGUAUUACAGGUGAUAGUCUGGGGAAACUACGGACGCAUGGAGCGCAAGCACUUCAUGGGAGUCGCCAGGGUGCUCCUGGAAGAACUGGAUUUGUCAACUUUAGCAAUUGGCUGGUACAAGCUCUUCCCAACCUCCUCGAUGGUGGAUCCCACUACAGGCCCGCUCCUGCGUCAGUCCUCACAGCUUUCCUUGGAGAGCACGGUGGGACCCUGCUGUGACAGGUCUUAGUGAGUAAGGAAGGGGGAACUGCUUUUGUUUUUUAAACAUGCUGUCAAGGUUUUGUUUGCUGGAACUCUGACCUCAAGCGCAAUGCAUGUUCAAUCAGUUCUUGUGGAGCUGGAAGAGGAGGAUAAACCAGUGACCUUAGACAGAAGACGAGGGGGAGGGUGCUGUACCCUCUCCAUCCAAGGAGGAGGUGCCAUGGGGCAUGAGUCCUAGUUGUCAAAUUAGACGUACACCUCUUGUUUCACUUCUCUCGCUGUCAUUCUUGGACCCUUGUUUCAGAUCAGUAUUAACUCUGGAAAGUUGCAGCAUUUUAAAGAAUGUGGGGGGAGCAAGGAAGGCAUUUUUUCUUAGCUUUGUAUCUUACACAUUUCUAAUACGGAUUCCUUCUGGUAGCACCUGAAAAAUUCAGAAGCCAGUACCUGACCUAAAAAGAGCAGGAGCAGAAAGUUUAAGAGGAAGCAUAAUGUUUUUUAUAAGAUCUUUGUUCUUGAAAGAAAGAAAGAAAGAAAACUGCAACUCUUUCUCUAUUAUAAAAUUCCACACCGCUGAAUCAUGUUAACUGUAAAACUGUUGUUGCUAUGUUUUCAAACUGUGCCAAAUUACCAGCAAGUGUCUUUUCUGCGUUACUUGUCUAACACUGCUGAUGAAGCAUACUAGGUGGGAGAAUAAGUAGAGCCUACUUAGACCAGGCAAUUUGAGCGGAGUUCGAGUUUAGCAGGCUCAUUAGCUGCAAUUUUGCUGAGAAAAAAAUACCAGAAGUGGGAGUUGAACAUCAGACUUGCAGCUUGAGAUGCAAAUUAUACUGUCAGAUACAACGUUCUGCGAUUUACUGACUCCCUUACUUGUCGCUGUGCAUCCUUGAGUCGCGAUGUCUUCUAUCUCCUGCUUUUCAUCCAUCUCCUUUGUACCGGUACAUAUAUUCUGGAGAUGCUGCCUUUCCUGUUGUGCUAUGGACUGAAGCGGGACUGAUGUAUUCUGCUACAGGAAAGGAGAUUGAGAUUUCUGGGGGUGGAGAAGAGAGAAACCUCAGGUUAUCACCUGACAAAGAGGGUGCUGGAGAGCAUAUAACCCUCCUUGCAGGAAGCAAGGGAGGUUGCUUUAGUUCUCAGUAGUACAAGCAUUGUCAAGUGUCCUGAAAGAGGAGAAGCUAUCCCCCAAGUAUGGAGCGGUAGUGGUUGAGGAAUCGGAAGACACGAUGGUCACAGUAUGUAUAUUUUGUUAAUUUAAAUGCAACGCUAACUGUAAGCAAGUCGUGUCUGGUAACCCAGUAAAGCACGUUCUCUGAGCUGCCGAGCUGUGGCAGCUGUUGUCAACAGAGUCACGUGCUAAAUCACGUGCUAAACAGUUAAAACCUUUUGGUUGAAAACACUUAUUAUCCAAAAGAAUGGAGAAUCUUCAGAGAUUCCCUGUUGAUAGGCCUUUUCUGCUAAUUUUAUCAUAAUUUUUAAUGAGGAUUCGAUGACUGCUGUCUCAAAAUAAGCUUUUGGGGAUGUUUUACUUGGUGAUUUAAAAGUCAAGGUCCCAUGUCACAUGUAGGAGUUAGCAGAACCUUGACCACCUGACAUCGAGGCAUACUGACCACUCGUUUCUGCGUGUGGACCUCAGCUUUGUUAGAAUAAAAGCGUAAGUGUUGAGUGGAUGGUAAAAGUUGCUUUUUGGUCCUAGCUUGUCUAUGGCGUUUUAAAUUAUUUUGAGAUACAUUACAGGAUAGGUGCAAAUAGAAUAGGCCUUAUAAUAGUCUCUGUAAAACAAAAUGGUAUAAUAUAAAGGGGAGGAAAGGAGGAGAAGGGACAUAGAGUGAAGAUUUUUUUUAAGUGGCAAAAGCUUCAACAUUUCAGUUAAAGCUCUUAAUUUCCUUGAUCAAAUAUGUCUCUGGCCUCUCACUAAUUAUUUUUUCUAAUCGUAUUAGGCAGUUUCUAUAUAUUAACUGAAGAAAGUUUAUUGCAUGCUGGUCAAACUAUGUUGUGGCGCUCUCUCUUUUUUUUCUUAUUUAAAAAGAAAAGCACAUUUACUGUAAUUCCAGUCAGCAUUUUUUCCUCUUGGUAUGUAGUGAGUACUAGGCAAUAUUGUACAAUAUGUGUAUGAACUAGAAUAGAUUAGGUAGAUUUAGUGGUUUGUAGCACUGGAUCUUUUAAUAACUCUGUCUUUAAAAGGACUGUGGAGAACUACAGAUACAUUCCAAACCUAGUAACUGAGUAACAGGGGUUCUGUCUUAUGUUAAAAACUUUAAUUAGUAUUUUGCUUGGACGUUAUCUACAUGUAAUAUCUAGUUAAUCAUGUUUUUCCUAUGUCCAAAAGUACGAGUGCAGCAUUUUUAUAGUCUUUAACGGGGGGAGUAGGAGACUAUACAUGCCAAAAAAAUUCCCUCAGAAAACUUCCUUUAGUGACUGUCUAUUGAAAAGCUGAAUUCCUCUAUGCCUAAUAAGCAUAAUAUAUCUUUUUGUGUCCUACCCCUCCAACAACUCUGCAAGCUUGAACAUGAUCAGUUUAGUUGAAAUAAGACUAUUUAACAUUGAGGACCAUCUUCUCUAUGUUUUUAAUCACGCUCAAAGGUCAUUGUCAGGUUAAAAAAAGGUUACACUUCUACUUGCGUUGUUCCCAAGUUCUGGAAUUUGGAGGCAGUUUUAACGGUCUGCUUCUGUGCUGUUUUCUUCUGCCUUUUUUGCCUGGUGAUUGCAGCCCAGUGAUUCGCGCUUUGCUUCUAGUCAUCUCCAUGUGGCGUUUUCCUGCAGUAAGUGAAUGUUGGAGCCUCUGGGCACCGCGCGGGGCAAAGCCGCUCGCCCUGGCAAGCCGGGCUGGUCCUCGCUGGCCGAGCAGGCAGGCUCGCAGAAACGCUGCGGGGAGCGCACGCGGGGCGCGGAGUUUGAGGCCAGUGAAGUUUCACGGCAGCGUCCGCUCUCAAUUCUUACUUCAUUCAUUCCCGUGAUUCCUGCACCCGCCACGGCAAAUUACAGUU